AGGUAACAGCUUGCCGUUACGGAGUACGUCUUUUCCUCGUAAGAUUUUGAAAUCUCCGUGGAAGCCACAGAUAAACUACAAGGUGGAGGUGUUUCCUGUCUUUUUUCUCUGGUCGUGAGCUUGAAUCGGCUCUGCCCUCUACCGUCUGACUGGGGCACCAGAGAACAAUGGACGCGCCUGUCACAAGUGUCGUAGUCCCGGCGGUUUGAACGACGGAGAACGGAGAGAUCCUGUGAACCCGCCGCGCGGGGUUUGUUGGAGCCACCGGAGGAGCAGCUUUUGCAGAGGAGAGAUAUUCUGUCUUCAAAAAGCCCCAGAGACAGAGGAGAAGUCUGUGCCAUCCAUCCCGUCAUGGACAGCCUGCUGAGUCGGGCCAGUAAAUGGGGCCAGUGCUCUACUGACAGAACAGACCUCAUCCCGUCAUAGAUGUUGCAUGCUGCCCUUUAUUCCUGUAUGAGUGACUGUGUGGGAAACACUAGAGCCUAAAUUUCUCUUUUGGAUGAACAAAGGAGCCAUGCAUCCGCUGCUGUCCCUCUGUGUCUUUUCGCUGCUGCUCCCGACAGUAGCACUUGAAGAGGACUUGCCUCCCAUCAGCCGUCCACGCAGAUUCGUCCCCUAUGAUGGCAACAAUGUCCUCCUGUUUCAAGAGGAGGGAGUGUUCAACUACUCCACCAUGCUUGUGAGAGAAGACCUAAACUUAUUGGUGGUGGGUUCCAGGGAGGCAGUGUUCGCUCUUGACCUCAAAAAUGUCUCCAAGAAACACGCCUCAGUUAACUGGAAAGUCCCCUUAAAAAAGGUGAAUGAGUGUAAAAACAAAGGAAAAAAUCCAGAGACGGAGUGUAAAAACUACAUCAGAGUCCUGCACAAAAAGAACAAUGGCAAAAUGUAUGUUUGUGGAACCAACGCUUUUGAUCCGGAAUGUGACUUACUGUCUUACACAAAUGGAACUCUUACUUUGGCGGGGACUGGAGAGGAUGGCAAAACCAAAUGUCCAUUUGAUCCUUACCAGAAACAUGCCUCCCUCAUGGUUGAUGACAGUCUGUAUUCAGCCACUUCAGUAAACUUCCUGGGUACUGAACCCAUCUUUGCUCGCAGCUCACCUCCAAUGCGCACAGAAUUCACAAACUUUUGGCUUAACGAACCCAGUUUUGUAUCCAUGGCUCAGAUACCAGAAAGUAAAGGGAGCAAGGAGGGAGAUGAUGAUAAGGUAUACCUAUUCUUCCGUGAGAUAGCUGUGGAGUUCGAUUACCAGAACAAAAUGGUGGUUUCUCGCGUGGCCCGUGUGUGCAAGGGAGAUAUUGGAGGUGAGAGAACUUUACAAAAGAAGUGGACAUCUUUCUUGAAGACCAGAAUUGAUUGUCCCGUGUUGGAGCUCCAGCUGCCGUACCUCAUCCAGGACACAUACCUCUGGUGUGACCCAAUGCAGGACUGGAAGGGCUGCAUCUUCUAUGCUGUUUUCACUCCACAGAUUAGAGGUACAUCGGAUCUUUCUGCAGUGUGUGCGUAUAAGGUGUCUGAGAUGAGCAAGGUGUUUUCAGAGGGCAAGUACAAAAGCCCCGUCCCCAUCGAAACAUCUUUUAUCAAGUGGGUAACGUUUAGCGGUGAAGUUCCGUUCCCUCGGCCUGGAGCUUGUAUAAACGAUGAAGCUCGUAAACAUGACAUAACAAACACCAUGCUUCUGCCAGACCGGACGCUUCAAUUCGUCAAAGAGAAGCCGCUCAUGGACGAGGCUAUCCAGCCAAUCGGAGGCAGACCUGUACUCGUAGGGAAGGGGGCUCCUUUCACACGUAUCGUAGUCAGCCAAGUGCAACCUGCUGAUGAAGAACCGUACCAUGUCAUGUUCAUAGGCACAGAGGCUGGCACCCUGCUGAAAGCUGUCAACUACAAUGAAGAGGCCUUCAUCAUUGAGGAAGUAAAACUCUUCGAGCAGUCUGGACCAAUCAAAAUCCUCAAGACUUUUAAAGAUAAGCUUUAUGCCGGCUCUGAUUUUGGAGUAGUGCAGAUAUCACCCGCUAACUGUGAAAGGUCGGCGACUUGUGAGGACUGUGUUCUCGCCAGAGAUCCAUACUGUGGCUGGGACGGUACUGAUGGGAAAUGUGUUUCCUUUUCUGACUCAAAAAGAAAACUUAUCCAGAGUUUGAAAGAAGGAAAUGCCUCUCAGUGCCCAAAAAUGGACCCUAAAAAGCCUGUCGAACUGUUCAUAAUGCAAGGCGGGAACAUGAGGCUUGAUUGCCGAUCAGCUACUCAGCUAGCAGAAGUCCACUGGGAAAAGGAACGCCUGGCCCUUUCACCUUCUGCCCAUUUUCACCUUUUAGAAGAUGCGCUGCUCAUUCUCAACGCUUCAGAGACUGAAAGUGGGCACUAUCGUUGUAUCACUGUGGAGAAGUCCAAAACUAGCAUUCAUUACUCCACUGUGAUUGAAUACCAAGUCCAGAUAUACUUACCACGUUCUGAAAUCAAUCCCCUAGCCCAGACCAGUGGUCCAUCUGUAACUGGGCUUCAAACUACUCUUGCCUUCUUUGUGAUUGCUUUUCUUGCCCUUUUGGCCUGGAACUUCUAUAAAAGUCACAUACCUUUGCCUUGCAACACCAAAAAGAAGAAUGUGGAACCCCAGCAGAACCAAGACCAGGAGGCGCCGGCAGCAGCAGCUGUGGAGAAGAAGCCUCUGAUGUCCGAACCUCAGAACAACACCAGCAACAACAAUCACGCCGCUGCGGUGAACGCACGCAGCGAUGCAGACGAGGAGGCUGCUCCCAAACCUCGCCUUUCAACUUUGCAGUUCAUUGACGAUGAAUCAGAAGCUUAGAAAUCCAAUUCUAAGCUGUUAGGAUGUAGCUGCUGUUUGGGUCAGCAUUUCUGGAGCUGUGUAUGUCUCGGAGGCCUUGUAUUUUGGAUUUAAACAGAUAAUUUUUUGGGCAGUUUGGUUUUACUGCUUUAACAAAGCCUGAAACACAGGUCUAGGUACCUGCUUGAGGAAUCAGCAUGUAGCAGCGUUCCUUCCCAGCUGUCCGAGUCGCUACACCAGGAGUUUAAAAAGUCAUGCCUUAAGGGUCAAAUAUUCCUUCUGGAGCUUCCUACUGCUGGAAGACGUCCAAUCCAGGUGCCCAGCAGUAAAUGGGGCUGAGCUUUUCCAGCCCUCACAGUCAAAGGGCUUGUCUUCUGUUAUUUUUCUUCCUUCGGUUUGUGAUGUUCAUGUUGAUGCAAAGAGCGCUCCUAGUUUGGUUUUAAAACAAAGCUCAGUGAUUAAAACCAGGUGUGUUUGAGUGAGGCAACACUGAAGAGGCAGGACGCCGUGUCCUCAAGACCAAGGAAGACCUGCCAAGAAAAUCCGGAACAAUUUGUGACUGCCUCAAGGCCUUCCGUCAUUUUGCUUGAAACCUUUGGGUGUGUGUUUACUAGUCCUCUUUACUUGUUUUCUUUCUGUAGAUCCAUUCACUGUCAUUCAGCAUGAAAUGCGGGGCAGAAAGUUCAGUUUGAGCUGUAAAUAUUUUGGUUUUUUUUUUUUUUGUAAGUUACUGUAAAUAUCAGCCGAGUUACAAGUUUGAAGCUGAACUUAAAAUGCCAUUUUUUUUACCACUUUUUUCUUAAAAACAAUUAAAAGUUUGUUUUUAGACCUUUAACUGUUCAUAUUGACUUUGCAAAUUCAAUUGAUUUGGGAAUUUAGUCUUGUUUUUGACAUGAAAGGUUGGAACAAACCUUUCCUGUGUAAAAGAAAAAUUAAUGCAACUUUCACUUUGUGUUUUAUUAAACUGAGCCAUUUUUUUAUAUGUAUAAUUUACUUUUGUAUUUAACACUUUUAAUCCCUGUUUGAUUUUCAAUAAAACUGGUUUUAAAAGAAAGAG